AUGAAUGGCCUAUGUGGGACAGCCGUAGUCGGCUCUCUCGUCAACUACGUCGGCUUUCUUACUCUCUACGCCGGUUUCUUUGAUGCGACGCUGCUGGUCUUUUUCAUUCUCGUUCGCAAUGGCUUCUUCGGCGAAACCACACUCGAGAUAUAUGCAAGAGCUGCGAAAAUCUUGGCCGUCGUCACAAUCGUUUUCCUUCUUUUUCAGCUCCUCCAGCUCCUCCAGCUCUUCCGACUUCGAUGGACAAGUGUCGAAAUUCCAAAAUGGGACGGAGCUGGACAAAUUCUUCUUCUGCCAUGUCGCACGACGCAUACGAGACUUAGCCCGAAAAGCCACACAUUCUCCUACGCCUAUCUUGUCGUUGGAGUUCCUGUCGGCUACCGAGGUAACGCAGCCAACAUGGUUUCGGUCGGAGUCAAACAAAUAUCGGAUUGGACCUCAUGGUUCUCGUCAUCGUCACGGCUGCAAAAGGGAUGGUUCGACGUGGAUGCCUCUGACUAUCUGCAACGCCAGAGCGGGGAGCUGACCCUGCGUGGGAAGCUCGAUAGUUACCUUCAAACUCAGGGAGUUGAUCCGGCAACAUACCCUCAUGCCUACUUGGUUACAGCAGCUCGAUUCCUCUGUUAUCAUUUCAACCCCGUUUCCUUCUGGUACCUCUACGAUUCGCACAAAUCACUAGCCGCCAUGAUCCUGGAAGUGAACAAUACCUUCGGUGAACGACACAUGUACUUCUUGAAAAGGAAUCAUCAAUCGAGUUGCUUGAACUAUCACCUGCAAAGCAACCCGGCGGAUUAUGAGAAGCAGACCGCGGGCGCGAUAAAUGAGCAGGCCAAUGGAAUUCCCUUCACACAAGCAUGGCCAAAGGUCUUCCAUGUGUCGCCGUUCAACUCACGCCAAGGAUAUUAUUCCAUGACAGCCACCGACCCCUUGAGCCCACGCAACGAUGGAAAACCCAUAGUCAAUGUCACUAUAAGACUUUCAACGUCGGAAGGCCACGACAAAUUGGUGGCAAGCCUUCACCAUGAGGGCCCGGCCAUUGACCCGUUUUCCAUGACCACUUACCAAAAAGCCAGAUUCAUAGGAUCCUGGGGAUGGGUAGGCUUUGCCACUGCCCCUCGUAUCCUCUUUCAAGCUCACGCGCUGUUCUUCUACCGCCAACUUCAUAUUUGGUUUCGUCCGGAGCCUUCCAAGGGGACCAUCGCUCGGAACGCCAAUCCCAUUGAGUCGCAACUAGAGAAGAUUUUCCGAAGAUUUUUGCGACAUCUGGUUGAAAAGGCGACCAUUCCUCUUGAGGUCAGCUACAUCGCCAGCGGAAUAGCCCAUGUCACUGAAAGGAUGCUCUCUCCUGAGGCCGCUGACGGCAAGCGCAGCAUUGAGAGGCUUGAGUUCAAGGUCCUUACGCCUGCAUUCUACUCGAGAUUUGUGUACUAUGCACACGACAUCGAGGCCUUCUUCGGUGAGAUGAACGAAAACUGCACCAUAUGGUUGUCCAACCCAAAAGUCUUACCCGCGCUGGCUCUGCGGAAAACAUUUCCGCCACCGCUGAGCAUCUCAAAUCCCUGGGAAUUCUUGGCCUUCAAGUGCAUCCAACGCCUGCGAAGACGACCCGACUCCAUCGAGAGGCCACUGACUUCGAACGCAGUCCCACGUACAAGACAAGCAGCAAUUGAUAUCCGGAAUUUCCGUCCUUCGUUCAUGGAUGCCUACGUCUUGACACACGAGGAUCCUGCCACUAAAGCCGCGUAUAAGGAGUGCGUCUUAAAACUGUUCUUGGCGGACAGGAUUGCAUUCGGAUAUGUAUCAGUUCUCGAAGUCCAGCGAUUUGUGGCAUUGGCGUGGUUCGCAUGGAUGCUCGCAUGGCCCCCUUGGCGUGGCAGUUGCUAA